UAGACCGUGUCGGCGUUCUAUAAAGAGCAGCAGACCUCUUGGCGUCCCGUACUGUCCCCGCCAUGUCUCGCUGUGUCUCAGUCCUGCUGGUCCUGGUCCUUGUGGCCCGCCUCAGCUCGGCUCAGCAAGUCAACAACCGGGCGGAGCUGAAGGAGGUGGAGAAGGUUCUGGAGGAGCUGAAGGCCGAGAGGCGAGCGAUGAGCGAUCGUCUGCAGGCGGCUGAGAGAGAGCUGAAGAGAGUCAGAGACACACCUAAAGUGGCCUUUGCCGUCUCGCUGGGGGGAAACGGUGUAGUGAAGACAACGACUGGCAGCAUGGACCUCAUCUACAAAGACGUUCUGACCAAUGUGGGCGGGGCUUACAGUGAUGCGACAGGAGAAUUCACUGCACCGAUCCGUGGAGUCUACUACGUCCGCUUCACCGCCAACGCCCCCACCAACUUCCCCAUGAGCGCCGUGCUCUACAAGAACGGCGCCGAGGUCCAGCUGAUCGCCCACGAGCAGCCAUCCGGAGAAGGCAGUGACACGGCGUCCAACGGCGCCGCCCUGCUGCUGCAGGCCGGAGACAAGCUGAAGAUGAUGCUGUGGCACAACACGCACAUCUGGGACAACAGCAACCACCACAGCACCUUCAGCGGCUUCCUGCUGUUCCCCCUGGUGGACGAACCUCCGACAGAGUUCGAUGCUGAAGCCGAACUGAAGGCUCUUCAGGCCUCGCUGAAGCAGGUUCAGACCGAUAACCUGGAAGUCAAAGAGAGACUGGAGUCCGCUGAGCGGGAGCUGAAGGCCACGAGAGAUGUACCAAAGGUGGCCUUUGCUGUUUCUCUGGGAGGAAACGGUCUCCAGGAGGCCACAACAGGAAGAAAAACUCUCAUCUACAAAGACGUCAUGACCAACAUUGGACAGGCCUACAGUUCUGAGACGGGAGAAUUCACUGCACCGAUCCGUGGAGUCUACUACGUCCGCUUCACCGCCAACGCCCCCACCAACUUCCCCAUGAGCGCCGUGCUCUACAAGAACGGCGCCGAGGUCCAGCUGAUCGCCCACGAGCAGCCAUCCGGAGAAGGCAGUGACACGGCGUCCAACGGCGCCGCCCUGCUGCUGCAGGCCGGAGACAAGCUGAAGAUGAUGCUGUGGCACAACACGCACAUCUGGGACAACAGCAACCACCACAGCACCUUCAGCGGCUUCCUGCUGUUCCCCCUGUGAGGAAGGAUCCGCCUGCAUGUUUUCUUUUGCUCCAAUGGCCUUUUGAGGCAAAUUUGUGUUUUGGGGUUAUACAAAAUAAAAUGAUUUAAAUGAAAU